AUGUUUCGAGGAUGGCAAAUUAGAGAAACAUCCAACAACACAAAAGCACUCGAUAAUGCACCAACAUCAACAGUUGAUAAUACAAGUGCUGCUGAAUCAUCCGAUUGUGUUGUAAAAACUGAAGAAAUAUGGACUAAUAAUAGUAGUUCAGCUUAUCCUUUUGGUCCUUAUCCUCCAAAACCAGCAAAAACUUAUGAAGAACAUGCAUUGGAUCCUGCUCUUUUCAAUGAUCCUUCAAUGAAAUUAGCUCGUACAGCUGCUGCUACCACAACCGCUGCUCCAGUUAACUAUUAUGGUCAACCUCCAAUCGGUUAUACUGUUACAAAUGAUAUAGCUGUUAUUUCAAAUAAUAAUAAUGGAGGCACACCAGAUAAACCACAAACAUUAUCUCCAAGUGUAUCCUCUCCUCAAGCUAUGAUGACUACUUUUAAUUCAAAAACUAUUUCAUCGACUCCUAAAAGAUAUAAAUGUGAAAUUUGUCAAAAAAGAUUUACAAGACCAAGUUCUUUACAAACUCAUAUGUACAGUCAUACUGAUGAAAUAAAUGAAUUACAUAAAAUUUAA